AUACAUUACUGGGUGAGCUGAGGAAGAGGGGUUUCGGAGUUGAAACUUGGUCUUGAUUUCUAUGGCGAAUUCCGUUGGGGCUUGGAUAUGGUCUGCGUUGCUCUUGUUCGCGUUCAUAGCCUCGGCAAGCUCCGAUGAGUCCGUUGCGGAAGAGACACCUUCGGCGGUGCUCACCCUGGACGCUUCCAAUUUCUCAGAGACGAUCGCCAAGCACCCUUUUCUUGUCGUUGAGUUUUACGCCCCAUGGUGUGGUCAUUGCAAGAAACUAGAACCAGAGUAUGAGAAGGCCGCAUCAAUAUUGAGUAAGCAUGAUCCUCCCAUUGUUCUUGCUAAGGUUAAUGCCAAUGAAGAGAUAAACAAAGAUCUUGCCUCUACACAUGGUGUUAGAGGCUUUCCUACACUUAAAAUCCUGAGAAAUGAAGGAAAGAACAUUCAAGAUUACAAAGGCCCAAGGGAUGCUGAUGGCAUUGUUGAAUAUUUGAAGAAACAAGUUGGCCCUGCUUCUGCUGAGAUUAAAUCCUCGGAGGACGCCGUUAAUUUCAUAGAUGAAAAGAAAGUUUUUAUUGUUGGUGUAUUCCCUGAAUAUUCUGGAGAGGAAUUUGACAACUUUACCAAACUAGCUGAGAAGUUGCGUUCAGAUUAUGAUUUUGGUCAUACUUCUGAUGCUAAGCUGCUACCUCGUGGGGAUACAGCAGUAAAGGGACCCGUUGUUCGUCUAUUUAAGCCAUUUGAUGAGCUUUUUGUUGAUUUCCAGGAUUUUCAUUUGGAUGCUUUGGAAGGUUCCAUUGAAGUUGCCAGUAUCCCUGUUGUUACGAUUUUUGACAAAGAACCUUCCAACCACCCAUAUGUGAUAAAGUUUUUCAACAACCAGAACGCCAAAGUUUUGCUCUUCAUCCAUUUUAGCGAACAAUAUUUUGAUUCAUUCAAGUCAAAGUAUUUAGAAGUCGCUGAGAACUACAAAGGCAAGAAAAUGAGCUUUUUGCUUGGGGAUAUUAAGGCCAGUGAAGGUGCCUUCCAGUAUUUUGGCCUUGUGGAAAGUCAAGUUCCCCUUAUCAUUCUUCAAGAAAAUGAUGGGAAAAAGUAUCUUAAACCUAACUUAGAACCUGAUCAGAUUGCAACGUGGCUUAGGGAGUAUGUGGAUGGGAGCCUUACACCUUUUAUCAAGUCGGAGCCAAUUCCUGAGCUCAAUGAUGAACCUGUGAAGGUGGUUGUGGCUAACUCUCUACGCGACGUAGUUUUCAACUCCGGAAAGAAUGUUUUACUUGAAUUUUAUGCUCCCUGGUGCGGACAUUGUAAGAAACUGGCUCCCAUCCUGGAUGAAGUAGCUGUGUCAUUACACGAUGAUGCUGAUGUCAUCAUUGCCAAAAUGGAUGCGACUGCAAACGAUGUACCGAGUGAAUUCCAAGUUCAAGGCUAUCCAACCUUGUAUUUUUCAUCUGCUGCUGGGAAGCUAUUGCAAUAUGAGGGAGGUAGAACAGUAGACGACUUCAUUGACUUCAUAAAGAAAAACAAGGAUAGUGUUGUAGAGACUAUUCAAUCUGAUCCCAUAAAGGAUGAACUUUGAUUCAGAUUUCUAUAUGAAGGAUGGAAGGGGGUUUUAACAUAGCUUGGCGAUGUCAAGCAUCACUUCACCCAAGUUGCUCAUUCAGAAAUUUUAAUUUUAGAACUUUAUUGCAUCCAAACAAAAGCCUUAGCUUUUAGUUCGGCAAUUCCAUCUUCUUUUCCAACAUUUUGAUAAUUAAUGAGCGCUUAUGUUCGAAUGUCUUCCUAAGUUAGAUUUUUGAACCUCUUAAGUUUUAUUUAUUAGCGUUCUCAUA